CAACAACAACAACAACAACAACAACAACAACAACAACAACAACAACAACAACAACAACAACAACAACAACAACAACAACAACAACAGCAACAACAACAACAACAACAACAACAACAACAACAACAACAACAACAACAACAACAACAACAACAACAACAACAGCAACAACAACAACAACAACAACAACAACAACAACAACAACAACAGCAACAACAACAACAACAGCAACAACAACAGCAACAACAACAACAGCAACAACAACAACAGCAACAACAACAACAACAACAACAACUACAAUCAGUCAGUUGA